CUGAUUUUUUUCCAAGUACAGGGACAGUUGUAUUUGUAUAUGUAGAAACAGAGAAAGGAAUAGAGUUUUUAGAGAGAGAAGGUAGGAAGGUAGUUAUUAAAUGUGAGAGAGAGAGAUCAGAAAAGUUUCGCGGUGCUGGAGUUUCGGUCGAUGGUUGAAACCCUUUGACGGGAUUACCAGCCUCCGGUCUUCUGUUUCAGAAUUUGAUCCGAAGCUUUGAUGGCCUCAAAAUUGAUGAUUGUAGGCUGGUUCCGGGAUCUGAAGGUACCCAUUUGUUCUCCAGAGCUUUUCUUUCCCUUCUCAUUUUGGGUUUCGAAAAUUGUGAGUUUUGGAUUGAAAUAGAAGGGAAAGGAAGCCAAUAAUAAUAACAAAAAAAACAUAUUUAUUUGAAGGAAAUAGAGAAUAGAGAAUUGUCUGUGAUUUGAACAUAAUCGGGAUUCAAAAUGAGCCUUGUUUCCGGAGUAAUUUCGAGGCAGGUUUUGCCGGUAUGUGGUAAUCUUUGUUUUUUCUGCCCUGCAAUGCGGGCGAGGUCAAGGCAGCCCGUGAAGAGGUAUAAAAAGAUGAUAGCAGACAUUUUUCCCAAAUCGCAGGAAGAAGAACCAAAUGACCGGAAGAUUGGAAAAUUGUGUGAAUAUGCUGCCAAAAAUCCUUUGCGUAUACCAAAGAUCACAAGUUCACUUGAACAAAGGUGUUACAAGGAACUGAGAACUGAGAAUUUUCAAUCUGCAAAAGUUGUCAUGUGUAUUUACAAGAAGUUGUUAAUUACUUGCAAGGAGCAAAUGCCUCUCUUUGCGAGUAGUUUAUUAAGCAUCAUUCACAUUCUGAUGGAUCAAACACGACAGGAUGAUAUGCGAAUGGUAGGAUGCCAGACACUUUUUGACUUUGUAAAUAAUCAGACAGAUGGGACUUACAUGUUUAACUUAGAAGGAUUUAUUCCAAAACUCUGUCAACUAGCACAAGAAGUAGGAGAACAUGAGAGAGAAAGGCGUCUUCGUUCAGCUGCCCUGCAAGCCCUUUCUUCACUGGUUUGGCUCAUGGGUCAAAAUUCCCAUAUUUCCGUUGAGUUUGACAAUAUUGUUUCAGUAGUUUUGGAAAAUUAUGGAGGUCCUAAUAAAGACUCUAUAGACUCUGGAAACGCUAACCAGAACCGGUGGGUGCAAGAAGUGCUUAAAGUUGAGGGUCAUGUCUCACCUUCACCAGAGGUCAUUAUGAAGGUUCCUUCUUGGAGAACGAUUGUGAACGAGAAAGGCGAAGUAAAUGUGACAGUGGAAGAUGCAGAGAACCCAUGCUUUUGGUCUAGAGUAUGCCUGCAUAAUAUGGCCAAGCUGGCCAAGGAGGCUACAACCACACGACGUGUUCUGGAAUCCGUGUUCCGAUAUUUUGAUAGUGGAAAUUUAUGGCGGGCUGAAACUGGGCUCGCUUUUCCUGUCCUCAAGGAGAUGCAGUUUUUAAUGGAUGAUUCUGGGGAAAAUGCACACGUUUGGAUUUCAAUUUUAGUCAAACAUCUUGACCACAAAAAUGUCCUUAAACAACCUGAUAUGCAGCUUGACAUUGUUGAGGUUACCACGUCCCUUGCUCGACUUGCAAAGGUCCGGCCUUCUGUAGCUAUAAUUGGUGCAUUAACAGAUGUAAUGAGGCACCUACGGAAAAGCAUUCAUUACUCACUUGAUGAUGCAAAUUUAGGAGCUGAGAUAAUCAAUUGGAACAGAAAAUUUCGGGAAGCAGUUGAUGAGUGCCUUGUGGAGUUAUCACUCAAGGUUGGAGAAGCAGGCCCAAUUCUUGACACCAUGGCUGUGAUGUUGGAGAACAUCUCAAAUAUUACAGUUAUAGCCAGAACUACUAUUGCUGCCGUUUUUCGUACUGCUCAAAUCGUAGCCUCUAUACCAAAUUUGUCAUAUAAAAACAAGGCAUUUCCCGAGGCUUUAUUUCAUCAAUUACUCCCAGCUAUGGUCCAUCCAGAUCAUGAAACUCGAAUUGGAGCUCACCGCAUCUUUGCUGUUGUUCUUGUGCCAUCUUCGGUUUGCCCUCAAACAAGUUCAGCUAUAACUGAGUCAAAGAGUGCUGCAGAUCUUGCAAGAACUCUCUCAAGAACUGUUUCUGUCUUUUCUUCUUCAGCUGCCCUGUUUGGGAAGAUGGGAAAUGAAAGGUCUUCCGCAAAGGGAAAUGUUAGUCUUGAUAACAAAGAAAAACUAGUUACAGAAGGACAGCAAACAAACAACAAUAGCGGGAUGCUGAACAGAAUCAAGUCAACUUAUAGUCGGGUCUAUAGCAUCAAAAGUGUACCAAUACUUCCAACAGUAGAUGAAAAUUCUUUCAACAAUUUAAAUAAGGAUUUGGAAGUAACUUCUCUUAGGCUGAGUAGCCGCCAGAUUAGCCUCCUUCUUUCUUCAAUUUGGGCACAAUCCAUCUCUCCUGCAAAUAUACCUGGAAACUAUGAAGCAAUUGCUCAUACAUAUAGCCUAGUGUUGCUGUUCUCUCGAGGCAAGAACUCCAGUCAAGAGGCUCUAGUCCGAAGUUUUCAGCUGGCUUUUUCCUUGAAAAGAAUUUCUCUCAUUGAAGGAGGGCCAUUGCCAGCGUCACGAUGCAGAUCCCUCUUUAGUUUGGCAACUUCUAUGAUUAUCCUUUCAUCGAAAGCCUACAGUAUACUUCCCCUUCUUCCAUGUGUCAAGGCUGCUCUUACAGAAAAAACGGUGGAUCCAUUCUUGCAUUUGGUGGAAGAUUGCAAGUUACAGGCAGUUCACACUGGUUCUCACCUUUCCAAAACUAUUUACGGAUCUAAGGAGGAUGAUAGUUCUGCUUCAAAAUCUCUCUCAGAAAUAAAAAUCACAGAGGACCAGUCUAGGGAAUCCUUGGCAUCUGUGAUUGUGAAGAAUUUGGAUAAGUCAUCAUCAGAUUUGUCCACUAUAAGGGAUCAGUUGCUCAAUGAAUUUUUACCUGAUGAUGGGUGUCCUCUCGGAGCGCAGUUCAUAGACACUCCACAAAUGGUAUAUCAGUUUGAAUCAAAUGACCACAAUUCUACGGAUGAGGCUGGUCCAAUUUUUACAAUAGACGAUGAAGUUCUUCCAGAGUCAUUUGAAACUCAAGCCAAACAUAAUUCAGAGCAGGCCAUCAAAACCUCUGAUCUCUUGAGCGUCAAUCAACUUCUAGAAUCUGUCUUGGAGACAGCACACCACGUCGGGCGAAUCUCUGUGUGCACUGCGUCUGAUGUGUCUUACAAGGAAAUGGCCGGUCACUGUGAAGCACUUCUAAUGGGAAAGCAGCAGAAGAUGUCCUAUUUGAUGAACGCCCAGCACAGGCAGGAAAAUAUGCUGAGCAUGACUUCACAGAAUAAUGAUGGAGUGCAGCAGGCUCAUCAUGCCCUUCAUGUUGGUCAGGAUUUCAUAGGGGUUAAUAAUCCUUUCUUGGACCAGAACUUCACUGCCAAUACAAACAAACCAUUAGCGGGUAUAGUUUCUAUGAUGUGUGCAGCCGAGUACCAGCAACAUCCUCAUUCCUUCAGGUUACCCGCAUUAAGUCCAUACGACAACUUUUUGAAAGCGGCUGGAUGUUGAUAUGAUAGAAGUAUGAAAAUUCACGCUCCUUCGUGACCCAUAGAAGAAUAUAUAUUAAGUUGAGAUUUUGCGGUUCACAGAUCUGUUAUUUAGCAUUCAGGUGAACAACUUCGGCGUUUUGAUCAGGAUUCAACUGAGUUGGUUAUUUCUUCUGCAAACUGUAUUAUUUUAUUUUUUUUAUUUUUUAUCCCCUUCAUAAUAUUUAUUUGCGUAAGAUUGCAUUAAGGAGGUAUCUCCCAGAUUUUCCCCUCCUCUUGUAAGGUAUGAUGUCCGGGAAAUGCAUGGGUCUUUUUUUCAUUUUUUUCCCCCUUUUUCUUUCUUGGUGUGACCCAUUUGUUUGAUGUAUAAAAAGGACAAUUAUGAUUUAUUUAUGGUUUUAAUUUAUUCUUCCCAUCAUUGAGAUGGAGUUGUAAGUAUAUAUUUCAGUGGUGUCAUAAGACAAUAUUUUGGGAUUCAUUUCUGAAAAUA